AAUAUGGUAUCGGAUUCUGCAUAUAAAGAUUUAUCCAAACCAAACAAGAAGUUGUUCAAGGAAGUGCUCAAACUUUAUGAUUCUAAAAUGUACAAAAAGGCAUUUAAAGUUGCUGAGAAGAUCACAGCCACCCAACCUAAUCACAGUGAAACUUUAGCAAUGAAAGCAUUGAUCCUAAAUACUGUGGGAAGGAAGAAUGAAGCAAUGAAGAUUAUUAACCUCGCCAUCAUGGCCAACCUUGGUUCAUAUACUAGUUGGAACAUUAAAGGAAUGAUAGAGAGGACAGCUAAAAAUUUUGAAUCUGCUAAGCAAUGAUUUUCUAGAAGUGCACAAAUUGAAAAUGACAACCAGAAAAAUUUCAAAGAUUUGAUUCUCCUAGAGCUACAAGAGAGAGAUUAUGCUGGAGCUAAUGUCUCUAUCACCAAGUUGAUGCAGAAACAAGCAAGAAACAAGGUCUAUGCUACUCUCUACUUUUUGAUCAACCAUCUUAAUGGAAAUUAUGAGAUAGCCGAGGAUUUCAUUGAACAAAACAGAGAUUUUCUUAUGUCUAAAAUGGAAAGAGUUGAAAAGAACGAAUUUUAUCUCUAUGAAGCUACUCUCUACAGAGAUCAUGGAAAGUAUGACCAAGCUAUCAAGGUUCUCAAUGAAAAUAGAGUUGAAAUCUUUGAUAAAAUAGCGAGAAACGAACUUUUAGCAGAGCUUUAUAUAAAAUCUGGGAAAACUGGCAAAGCAAUUGCAAGCUAUGAAAUUAUCUUAGACAAAAAUCCUUCAAGCACCAAGCAUUAUUACAAUCUUUUUGAAGCCCAUGGAAUUGAUGUGAACAAUCUAGAUGACGCCGAUCGUGAGAAAAUCAUUGAGAUUCUUAACGAGAAAAUAGAGAAGCAUUCUAAAUUACUUUUCUUAAAAAGAUUCCUUUUGAACUUCCUGAACAAAGAGGAAGAUUUUAGAGUUCACUUUGAGAAAUAUUGCAGACAUUUCUUGACAAAAGGAAUUCCAUCUCUUGUAAAUGAUAUUGAAAACACCAUUAAGACAGAUGAACUCAAGAUGAAGGUUGUCAAAGAGACAUUUGAGAAAUAUCUCGAAUCAAUGCAGAAAGAUCUUACCAUUGAUGGAGAAGAGCAAGAUCCAAUGCAAGAGACAUUCCUUCUCUUCUAUCUCGCCCAGAUCAGACAUAUUGAAGGAGAUUAUAUUAAUGCUUUGGAGUUAAUUAAGGAAUGAAUCGAGCAAACUCCUACAUUUGUGGAAGCAUUCCAGUUCAAAGCUAAGGUCCUUGUUUCCCUUGGAUGUAGUCAAGAAGCCGAAGAGGCCUAUAUCGAAGCUCAUAGCCUAGACACUGCUGAUAGAUUCCUUAAUGCUGAGCUUGCUAGCUACACUCUUAAAACCGGAAAGUACGAAGAAGCAAAUGAAAUCAUGAAGAGAUGGAGUCUUGACCAAAGCAGCGACAAACUAAACACAUUUGAUCUUCAAAAUGCUUGGUAUGAAGUAGAGUCUGGAAACAGUCAUUACAAAUAUGGAAGACAUUUGCAGGCAUAUCAAAUGUUUAAUUACAUCCAGAAGCAUAUUGUGACAAUGCAUAAGGAUAUGUAUGAUCUCCAUUUCUACACAGUGAGGAAGUUCAACCUCAGAACUUACCUUAAUGUGAGGAGCAUGCAGGAUAACAUCAGAAGAAAUAUCCAUAUCAAGAAUGGAAUGGUUGGAUAUAUCAGAAUUAUUAAUAAAUUCUACAAGAAGGCUGAACACGGCACAGAUGAAGAAAAGAAGGAGUUCACUCAAUGGCUAGAAGAUGAAGAAGCUAAGCAUGCUGAAACUGAGCCAGAUGGUUGGGAUGAAUAUUCUGAGCCACAUGACCCACUUGGAGCAAUUCCUGAUCCCACAGGUGUAAUAUCACUUAAAACUAUUUUUGACUCUGGAGUUGCGAAACAUAUGGCCGAUAAGUGACAAGAAUUCUUGAGUUACAAUUCUAAUAGUUUGGAACUUCUGUAUUAUUCAAUUCCGUGGUUAUUAAGAGCAAAGAAAUAUACCGCUGCUAUUAGUAAUCUCAAAGCAUUAAUUGAGAAAGAUCCAGAAUCUCCAAGAACUAUAUAUGCUGCUGUAAAAUUCAGAGCUUACUUCAGUGAAGAAGUCUCUGGAUCCUUGAAGCCAAAGCAAAAGGAGAACAUCGAUAAAGCAGUAGAAGAAAUCUUUGGCGCUGAAGAAAUAGAAGCUUUCUUAAUUAAAAAUACCAUUGAAAAAUAUCCUAAUUGCUUGAAUGCUGCUAGGUAUUACUUAAAAGGACUACAGAAGCAUCUAGGAAAGGUCCUUUCUAAAGAAGAGUUUGGUGGUGUCCUCAACACUUUUACUCAGGCCAAGGAAGAAGCUACCCUAAAAUGCUCAGUCAUGCCGCAAAUUGAGGAAGUCAAAAAGUUAAUCUCAUACGCUCCCCAAGAGGCCAAGGAUGAGCUCAUCAAUGCUGCAGAUGAAGUUUACUAUAAUUUCAAAGCAACACUUCUGAAGGAACAGCAGGAAUAA